CCUCGAGCUAUACCUCCGCUCACAUGCCUACCUCUCCAGUGGUCCCAUCCGGCAACACUAACAAAGCAACAGAAUUGGGGUCUACUACCACCACUCCUGUCGUCACCCGAGAGAAUCCAGUAGCCAUAUCAGAUGCUGCCACUAACAACACAACUUCUGACGGCUCCACAACAGAAGGCCCUACAAGGCAGUCAACACCAAUCUCUAUCCGCACCUCUGUUCAGCAGUCAUCGGCUGUUUCCCAGAGAGGUCACACUCUUGGCUCACAUUCCACCCAAGAAUCUCAAAUCACAGGUUCUGUUUCCCCCAUGACCGACAACAUCAAUACGGUCACAACUCCAACUCCUUCCUUCAAACCGAGUGGGCCUUCACCGUCAGGAACAUUUCCUCAGGACACAUCGGCCACAAGUGAAGGAACAACCUUCACCACAGCACAGCCCACGGAUAUAAUGAACAAAACCCAGGUUACAAGAGAACUGCUGGCAACACCAACCAGACCUGACACCACCCUGGGAACCUCAGCAGACACAGCCCAUUCCAUAGCAAGCACCACUCCUCAAGUCACCUCCCUAUUCUCCACAUCAGGGGGGCCAGCAGGACAAUCAGCAGGCCCUUCUACCACAACCUCCCCGGAUGCAACGUCAGCCUUUUUCCAAACCCACCAAACUCAGAGCAUAGAGACCACUGGACAACCUGACACCAGCAAACCAGCCUCCUCAGUGACACACACAACCUUAGAGGGCACGACUACCUCUUCUUCAUCUACUGCAAACAGCCCAACAGCUUCAGGAAGUGCUUCCCCAGAAACAGCCACUCCAGGUAAGGUCACAAUCUUCUCAGCAGCUCCCUCCAUUAACAGCCACAUAACUCAGUCAACAACCGAUUCAUUGUCUACUGUGCCUAGUCUUGUCACUACCCCAGAAAUCAUGGGAAAUGUGUCCAAUCCUGUCACCAGCACCAUUUUGCCCACCGUCUCUGAGGUCUCUACAACAGGUGGACCAACAGAACAGUCAACCCCAACCUCCUCCAGCUCCUCUCCUGGGGAAACGUCAGCCAUUUCCCACAUGGCUCAGACUACAAGGAAUAUAACAACCAGAGGUUCUGAAACUUUCACUUCAGUCUCUCAGGUGACUGACACCAUCUCAACAGUCACAUCUCCACCUCCUUCACCACCAACAAACGGACACACGUUCCCACAAACCAUGGCAACCACCACAUCACCUUCAGGCACUAGCACAACAUUUCUCUCAUCCUCAGUCACCAACGGCCACACAACCCCUGGUCCUGCAGUCACGUGGAGCUCCACCACUGCAUUCACAGGUCACACAAACCCUCUGCCUUAUGUCAAUGCUUCCACAUCAGCCACAGCUUCCUCAGGCUCCACUGUUAAGCCUCAGACCCCAGGAAUGAUGACAGCCUCACUAAGGACAAGCAGUGAGAGAAGCACAGCAACGUCACUACCAACAACAUCCUUAUGGACCCUUACAACCUCAACUCCCAGCACAUCCACAGUCACCCACUCAACAGCCCCCCCAGUCCCUAGCAAGCCUGACAGAGGUGUUCCCCUCUUUCCUUACGGGUUGAAUGUUAGAGACCAAGAGUUUGUCAAGAGGACCGUGGACUUUACCUCACCCCUCUUCAAGCCCGAGAUUGGCUUCCCCUUUGGCUCCUCUCUCCGGGAUUCCCUCUACUUCACAGACAACGGCCAGAUCAUUUUCCCUGAGUCCGACUACCAGAUUUUCUCCUACCCCAACCCAUACCGUAGAGUGUUCACGAGCUGGGACCCUGUGGCCCUGGUGGCUCCCUUUUGGGAUGAUGCUGAUUUCUCCGGCCACCGAGGAACCAUGUUCUACCAGGAAUACAAGACGUUCUAUGACGAAUACAACCCGCUAGUCCGGCAGGUGGAGUCUUGGAUUGAAAAGUUUGCAAACGUCUGGUACUACAAAGCCAGGUGGACCCUAAAGAUCACCUGGGUCAAUGUUCCUGCCUAUCCUGCCAGCUGGACCCUUGGGACCAACACCUACCAGGCCAUCCUCUCCACGGACGGGAGCAAGUCCUAUGCUCUGUUUCUCUACCAAAGUGGUGGCAUGCAGUGGGACCCUGCCCAGCACCAAGACAACUCGGUCCUCAUAGGCUUCUCCAGUGGAGAUGGAUAUUUCCAAAACAGCCCACUGACAUUCCGGCCAGUGUGGGAGAAGUAUCGUCCAGACCAAUUCCUGAAUAAUGACUCAGGCCUCCGGGGACUGCAGCUCUAUAGGCUACACAGGGAAGAAAGGCCCAACUACCGUCUCAAGUGCCUUCAGUGGUUGAUGAGACAGCCUCAGUGGCCCAGCUGGGCCUGGAACCAGAUCUCCUGCCCUUGCUCCUGGCAGCAGGGACUAUGGGACUUACGAUUUCAGCCCACCAACAUAGGCUGGUGGGGCCUUGGCAAUAGACAACUGUGCAGCUUCUCCUCCUGGCGAGGGGGCGUGUGCUGCAGUUACGGGCCCUGGGGAGAGUUUCGAGAAGGCUGGAGAGUGCAGCAACCUUGGCAGUUUGUCCAGGAACUAGAGCCGCAGAAUUGGUGUUGCCGCUGGAAUGACAAGCCCUUCUUCUGCACCCUGUACCACCAAAGGCAGCCCCGUGUCAGCUGUGCUGGAUACAGGCCCCCACGACUGGCCUGGAUGUUUGGGGACCCUCACAUCACCACCUUGGAUGGUGCCAAUUACACCUUCAAUGGGCUGGGGGACUUCCUGUUGGUCCAGGCCCAGGACGGAAACUCCUCCUUCCUGCUGCAGGGACGUACUGCCCAGACUGGCACGGCCCAGGCCACCAACUUCAUCGCCUUUGCUGCUCAGUACAACUCCAGCAGGCUGGACCCCAUAACGGUUCAAUGGUUCCUUGAGCCCAAUGACAAAAUUCACGUUCAGCUCAAUGACAAGAAUGUGACAUUUGAAGCCAACCGUGAAGAUGCAGAAGGCCAGGAGAUAUUCAACACCACUGGAAUCAUACUGACCCGCAAUGGCUCCCUGGUCUCAGCCAACUUUGAUGGGACAGUGACCAUCUCAGUGAUAGCUCUCUCCAACAUCCUCCAUGCUUCCUCCAGCCUUCCAGAGGAGUAUAAAAACCGCACAGAGGGCCUCCUGGGAGUCUGGAACGACAAUCCAGAUGAUGACUUCAGGAGACCCAAUGGCUCCACCGUUCCCCAAGAGAGCUCUGAGGAGAUGAUUUUUCACUAUGGAAUGAGCUGGAAAAUCAAUGGAACAAGUAUCCUUGGCAAGAGGAGUGACCAGCUGCCUUCCAACUUCACCCCUGUCUUCCUUGACCAACUGAGAAAUGCCUCCUCGAAUCUGAGUUUGGCCUCUGAGUGUAAUGAAGAUCCACAAUGCAUCUUUGACUCUCUGGCCAUGCAGAAUGUAAAUGCUGGACUGCAUACUAGGAUGCUCUUUAGAAGAUUCCAGGAGAUUAAUGCCACCCUCAAUCAGUACCCGCCGUCUAUCAAGGGGGCUCUUGAGAUUAAAGCCUUCAAGGGGCAGACCGAGUGGAUUCAGUAUACCAGCUCCUCGGAAAAUGUCACUUUCUCUCUCAGACACAACUCUACUGACUUCACACUCUUUGAGAAUGGAACAUUGCUAUGGACACCAAAGUCGCCAGAACCAUUCACUCUGAAGAUUUUAGCAAGAAAUGCCAAGAAUGGCUUGUCUUCUGAACUGCAGCCCAGCACUGUGGCCUGCUUUUGCAGUACACAGCGACAGUGUUUAUACAACCAGACCAGCCGGGCAGGCAAUUCUUCCCUCGAGGUGGCCGCCUGCAGUUGUGAUGGGGACACCUUCGGUCGGUACUGCGAAAGCUUCAGGGACCCCUGUGAGCACUGCUUUCCGAAUGUCAGCUGCAUUCCUGGGAAGGGCUGUGAGGCCUGCCCCCCGCACAUGACUGGGGAUGGACGUCACUGUGCAGUUGUGGAGAACCCUUUCCUCUGUCAGAACAAGUCCUGCCCUGUAAAUUACUGCUACAACAAUGGCCACUGCUACAUCUCCCAGACUUCAGGCUGCCAGGCCAGAUGCACAUGCCCCCCGGCCUUCAUCGACAGCCGUUGCUUCCUGGCUGGGAACAAUUUCACCCCCACUGCCAGUCCAGAGCUUCCCUUGAGAAUCAUCCAGCUCUCGCUCAGUGAAGAAGAAAAUGCCUCCAUUGCAGAGGUCGACGCCUCGGUGGCCUACAGACUGAGGACCCUGGAUGUGCCAGCCUUUUUCCGGAACAGCCUGGUGGAAGCACAUGAUUCCACCACGCUGGGCACAGGACGCUUACUUCGACGCUGGAGGGUCAUCUCUGAGUUCCAGUACCGCCCUCGGGGCCCUGUCAUCAACUUCUUGACCAACCAGCUGCUGGAUGCUGUGGUGGAGGCCUUCUUACCCCAGCCCCUGAGGAGAAGGUGGCGGAGGAAUGAGGAUCCCAGGCACGAUGUGGUCUUCCAUCCCAUCUCCAGAGAUGACAUUCGCGACCUGAAGAGUCUGAACUUGAGCACACUGGAGACUUACUUCAACUGCAGUGGCUACAAGGGCUACCACCUGGUCUACAGCCCCCAGAACGGCUUCACCUGUGUGUCCCCAUGCAGUGAGGGUUAUUGUGAGAACGGAGGCCAGUGCCAGCACCUGCCCGAAGGGCCUCAGUGCAGCUGUGUGCCUUUCUCCAUCUACAUGCCUUGGGGCAAGCACUGUGAGCAUCUAAGCAUAAAGCUCAGAGCAUUCUUCGGGAUCCUCUUUGGGGCCCUGGGCGCCCUCCUGCUACUGGGGACUGCCGUGUUUGUGGUCUUGCGCUUCCGGAACUGCUCCGGGACCUUCAGCUCCUACCCUCUGGACUCGGAGAGCUGAAGCCUCACCCCAGUGGGGCAGCCGUGGCCUAGAAUACCUCAGGACCGCCCUCAGGACCAUCCUCAGCUGCACACCUCCCAGCAUCCUUGUUUUGGGGAGAUUGGAAAAGGGAAGAUGACUAAAGGGGAUUCAGGACUCUUUAAGGAGAAUGAAUAGCCGGAACAAGACUCCAGCACACCCUGUCAGUACACGGAGAUCAAAAAGACAUACUACAUAAACUGGUGGGUCCUCCACAGACACUCAUACAAGGGUGGACACCAACCUACACACACACACACACACACUCAGAUCGUACACAUCAGAACUAAUAUGGGGUGAUGGCUCUAAGUUAAAAACCAAAAUGCUUUUUUGCACACAAAACUCUCUGAUUUAGUUCUAAUUAAAAUCUGUUUAAAUAAAGUCCCUCUGACUUUGUGUCUCUGAAGCCGUAGAUUCCAUUUGUUCUUUUCCUCUGGUGGCUGAAGGGCUAGCACAGGACCUUUUCUCAACUAUCAAAAGGCACAGGGUGUGGGGAUUAAGUGCUGGGCAGGUGGUAGAGGAGCAGGGGUGGGCUGGAUCCAGUCCUGCUUUGGCCCUCAGUUACUUCAUAUUGGGAAGCCUUCAAUUGUUCCAGCCCCAACAUGGGCCCUUGCCACAGCCUCCAUAUCACCAUCUUGUUCCCCUGCCCUAACACACACCAAAGCCUGGCCCUUUAAAGAGAAAGACAGAGAUACUCCCCAUAUGAGGUAUCCCAGUCUCUUUCUCCCAGAGCCUGCCUAGCUGAUCUCUGUCCAUCAGUGUCACAAAAAAAUGACAAAAGGAUAAAUAUGUGGUGCCUUUUUCUAUUCUGGUUCCUGUCCCCACUGCCUGUGUUCCUUGGAGAAUGGA